UCAUACAAUUGAAAUUAAGCAGAGAGACUGUUGAGCAGGCAGAGACAGAUGGCUCCGGUGCCGAAGAAGAAGACAAUAAAGCACUUCACUCACCCAGGACAUGAUUUGGCAGAGAUUUCAACGAACGAAGAGUACCUCUGCGGUGGUUGCAGAACUCCAGGAGGGGUGGGCACCAGAUACCGAUGCCAUCAUUGUGAUUUCAAUCUGCACGAGUACUGUGGCUCCUGCCCCUCCACCCUCUCCUCCUUCAUGCACCCACAGCACCACCUCAAUAUAGUGGUUCGAACCCAAGGCGGGCGCCAGAACCAGCGUAUCUGCGAUUUGUGCGGCGACUCUGUGGAGGGGCUUUUCUACAGGUGCAAGCUCUGCGACUUCGACGUCCACCCGCUGUGCACCCAGUUGCCUCAGUACGUGCGACACGCGCUUCACCCAGAUCAUCAAUUGAUGCUCCAGCCCUCCGCGCCUGGCUGGUGUGCGGUUUGCAAAAGCGUGUGCAGUUCUUGGCGGUACAGGUGCAAGACUUGUAGCUUUGAUAUUCAUCUCGAGUGCAUAUUAUUAGUACCGUUCAAUGGAGCGUCGACGUCACGCUCAGUACCGCCGACAGGUCCGCCACCACAUUUUUAUUGGGCUGCGCUACCACCUCCACAUGGUGCUCAUGGCUAUGGGGUCCCUCCUGGUUUCAGUCCACAGUAUAACCCUGUUAGCGAAGCACAAGGAAGUAGUAAGCCGUCGAAAGGGAAGAAGCUGGGCAAGAUGAUGUAUACGCUCGUGGGGAAGCUAACCAUUGGAGUGAUUGCUAAUGUGUUGUUUGGAGUGGGAGAUUUCUCUUCGUCCUCCUGACUUUACGUGGGAGGACUUUUGCUUUUAAUUUUGUGCAGGCAGUACUUGAUUCUGUUGUUAUUCAAGUGUUCAUCAAAUUGAUGUUAUUGAAGUGUUCGUAAUUUCGCUCUC